GCCCGGAGCUGCCGCGCGUGCCGCAAAGAAGGUGCAGCGAGUCUUGCGCCGCUUGCACUGCCAGCAGCUCUGCGUGCCCUUACGCACCCGGCGCCGCUUCGCCGCGGUGGUCGAGGUCAUGGCGGCUUCGGGUACUGUGGUGACGUGGUGUUGCCUUUUGGUCGCUGCUGACCGGCUAUGUCGGAGGCUAUAUGUGCGUUGAUCGCGGCGGAGUAGGCGUGUGCGGGUGUGCUCGGCCGCGGGCGAAGCAUGGGGAAGGAGCACCCACCGGCCCCACGGACGGUUGGCAAAGCGCUACUGCCCGUUGCGCCGCGGCCGGGAAGGACGCGCUCCAGAUAUAAAGAGAAAUCACAAUCGCCUCUUCGAAAUGACUUGCAAUCGCCACACAAGACAGGCAGCAAAUCGGCGCAGCACAAUUCCAACAUACAAGCAAUCUCUCAUCAUGGUCAAGGUCACCAUCGCCGGCGGCACCGGCACUGUUGCCCGUGAGAUCUUCGAAGCUCUUGCAGAGUCCCAGAGACACGAAGUCGUCGUUCUCAGCCGCAGCUCCACCCCUCCCGAACCUCCCUUGCCUGCCGGGGUCAGCAUCCAAGUCGUCGACUACGACGACCGUCCGUCUCUCGAGCAGGCCCUCGCCGGCACCCACACCCUCUUGUCUUUCCUCCAGCUCUUCACCGAUGCUGGCAAGACCGCGCAGGAGAACCUCAUCGACGCCGCCGUCGCUGCAGGAGUCAGGCGCAUCGCCCCGAGCGAGUGGAGCAGCGUCUCCUUCACAGACAUGUCUUUCUACCAGAACAAGCAGGCCCACCGCGACCAGCUCGAGCGGCUGGCCCAGACGCACGACUUUGAGUACUCGCUCAUCCAGCCGGGCAUGUUUCUCGAGUAUCUCGCCGCCCCGCACAAGACGACCGCCUACCUUGACCCGCUGAUGACCGUGUUCGACUUUUCGGGAAAGCGCGCCAUGGUUGUCGAAGGUCGCGAGGACGUCCCCAUCACGUUCACGAGCAUCACGGAUGUGGGCCAGGCAGUGCUGGCCAUGGUUGACCUCCCUGGCGAGGUGCCGUGGCCCAAGACGGCGGGCAUCUGCGGCAAUAAGCUGUCCGCGCGGGCCAUCCUGGACAUGGGCGAGCGCAUCUUUGGGCAACCUAUGACCGUCACGGUGCUUCAGACGGCUGAUCUGGAGGCUGGCGAGCUCAAGUCCCCAUGGGGACUGCAGCUCAGCCACAAAGCGGUGGCGGCUGAGCAGCUGCAGGAGCUGCUCAAGCAGGUCGCCAUCGGGACGCUGCUGAGCUUCUCCAAAGGCGCGUGGGACAGCUCAGACGAGGUCAAUAGGCUGCUGCCGGAGGGGUUUCAGUUCACGGGUGCAGAGGACUUUCUGACAAAGGUGUGGGGAGCCGGGCGGCAGGAGUAAAUUUCGAUAUGUCAUUUCGGGCCAUGCUCUUGUCACUUUUAGCCUUAUGAACUAGGCAGAAAAGGACCAGUGCUGACGAUGCUCUACAAAUACAUCUGUGAGUGCGGUCUUAUGACAGCUUGCCGACCAGAGGGCUCGCAAAGGAUUGACCACGCAAGGCAUUGCCCCCCCCCCCCCAAUUAAAGCCGUCUCAUGCUCUGAGCCACCGCAGACCCUCCUGCGAUCACGACAACGGGCGUCCCACAGGGCCCCACCGUUAUCACGAGCGCUGCAUGGACAUGAGUUAUGACAGCCUCAUGCCCACAGCCGUCGAG